AGUGUAGGCUCGGAGCGCGCCGUCAGUUGGCGCGUAGCGCUCGCCUCAGCCACUCGCGUCUCUCGCCCGUAGCGCCGCUCUCACGAAACUUAUCUCGACUGAACAUACGAAGUAUCAUUCGCGUGUGUUUUACAAUAUUUAUGUACAGUGAAUGUUACCUUAGUCUGUGGAUUGUCUAUGUUUAGGAACUAAAUAUUACGACGUUUAGUGUUGUUAGUUAACUUUUUAGAUUUACACAAACUUUCAAUUGUUUGUUCCAGACAAGCCGCCCGCAGCCCGCGGCCCGCGGCUCGCUACUCAGUGGUGUUGACUGAGCAGCUUGUGUCGAGUGGGCGGGACCAGCGUGACCAUCGUGACUAGCGUGUCUUGCGGGACCAGCGGUACUACUUGUUGCGGAGCUGUGAAUCACAAAUCUCACCGUGAUGAUUCCGAAGAAGUUCACAGAUUGUAGAACUCCGGCGCAACGCUGUCAGCUCUCCGAAUAAUUGUUUGCAGACACAAAAUGUAAAUAUCCCCACACGAGCCUCAACUUCUGAAUCCUUCACAAUGGAGCUGGAAGACGUGGAAAUGUUUAGAAACGGCAGCUUCUCGUACGACGACAACGGCACGUACAACGGGACGUUCGAGAACUGCCCGCACAUCAACCUGCCCGUGGUGUACGUGGUGACGCAGGUGCUGUACGCGCUGGUCUGCGUGGUGGGGCUGCUCGGCAACACCCUCGUCAUCUACGUCGUGCUGCGCUACUCCAAGAUGCAGACCGUCACCAACAUGUACAUCGUGAACCUUGCCAUCGCUGACGAAUGCUUCCUGAUUGGCAUUCCGUUCCUGAUCACAACAAUGUCUCUCCGCGCGUGGCCGUUUGGACGCUUCAUGUGUAAGGCCUACAUGAUCUCUACCGGAAUCAACCAGUUCACCAGCUCGAUAUUCUUGUGCAUAAUGAGUGCGGAUCGAUACAUCGCCGUGUGUCAUCCGAUAGCCGCGCCGCGACUACGGACGCCAUUCGUCUCUCGAGUGGUGUCGGCUGCAGCAUGGACAGCAUCAGCUUUGGUGAUGACGCCUAUAUUCAUGUACACGACCCUCAUACCGACGCCCCAUGGCCUCUCGUGCAACAUCGUGUGGCCCGAGCAAGAGUUCAACAAAGGCCAGACGUCCUUCACGCUGUACUCGUUCGCUCUCGGUUUCGCCGCACCGCUCACCCUCAUCUUCGUGUUCUAUUGCCUCGUGAUCCGCAAACUGAAGACUGUCGGCCCUAAAAACAAGUCUAAAGAGAAAAAGCGAUCGCACAGGAAAGUGACUAAACUAGUGCUGACUGUGAUUGCUGUGUACGUGCUAUGCUGGCUGCCGUACUGGGCGUUCCAGGUAGCUCUCAUUUACUCUCCACCGAACGAGUGCGCCAGCCAGAUCACCAUCACCGUUUUCCUGGUAGCCGCGUGCUUCAGUUACAGUAACUCUGCCAUGAACCCAAUUCUUUACGCCUUUCUGUCUGACAACUUCAAGAAAAGUUUCCUAAAGGCUUGUACUUGUGCAGCUGGAAAAGAUGUGAAUGCAACUCUCCACGUGGAGAACAGUGUGAUACCGAGGAAGAGAGGAGGUGGCACCGCGCGCGCGCAGCUCCGGGCGGCGGAGUCGCGGGGCGGCCUGUCGGUGGGCGGCGGCGCCGGCGGCUCGCGGUCCGAGGCGUCGACGGCGCUGACGUCCAAGUCGGUGGCGGCGAGCGAGGCGCUGGCGCUGGAGGCGCGGCCCGCGACGCUGGCGCCGCUGAUAGCCCCGAACGGGCUGUCGCACACGCGGCUCUGAGUGCGGGCCUCUCGCCGCCGCGAGCCCUCCGCCGCGCUGCUGGAGGAGGACACGCUGAUCGUGUCCAUCGACUAGAGUAGUAAGACUGUCGGACGGGACGCCGUCGGCCGCAGAGACUCGAGCCCUGUCUCUCGGCCGCCGCGCUGCCCACGGGUCCAGUUUUGUACCGGUUCAAGUUUUAAAUAUUAGUUGUAAGUGUGCGGUGUGUGCGAUAUGUGAUGGAGUUGUUCUGUUUCUGUAUAAAGUCAAAAUUGUAUGGAGUCGGUUCGGCCUAGGGUUGUAACGAUGAAUUUACUAAAAUGUAAUUUUUUAUCGCAUAGCGACUGUAAGGUUACUGUUUGUAUACUGUGUAAUUAAGGUGUAAAAAAUUGUACAUAUCGUGUAAAUAUUUGUCAACUUGUCAUAAUGUCACAGUUGUAAUAAAAUUACGUUCGUGAAAAA